GGUCGCAUGUUGGGGUGAAGAUGGCGGAGUCAGGGAUGUGUGUCAGGAGCAGUCGGGAGUUAUGGACCAUCUUGCUGGGGAGAUCUGCUUUGCGGGAACCGGACCAGAUAGAAGCGGAGCUGGAGCGGAACGGGGGCCGCCUGUUGCAGGGACUGUCCUACUACAACACGCCCAGCUUGUCCUCAGCAGAGAGGCUCAAGGCAGAUAAAGAUGUCGCCCAACCUCUUAAAGACUUUGGGCUGCGCAUCAGCAAGUUGCUGGGUCUGGAUGAACAACAGAGUGUGCAGAUUUUGCAGUGUUACCUGCAGGAGGACUAUCGAGGCACUCGGAACACACUGAAGACAGUGCUGCAGGAUGAGAGACAGAGCCAGGCUCUACUGCUCAAGAUAGCAGAUUACUACUAUGAGGAAAGGGUUUGCCUCCUGCGCUGCGUGCUCCUCCUCCUCACUUACUUCCAGGACGAGAGGCAUCCCUAUAGGGCGGAGUAUGCUGGCUGUGUGGCUAAGCUGGAGAAGGACUUGGUGUCCAAUUACCAGCAGCAGUUUGAGGGUCUGUUCAAUGCUGAGGCCCCGACGUGGGAGACGCACGGGAACCUGAUGACGGAGAGGCAGGUCUCCCACUGGUUUACACAGUGCCUGAGGGAGCAGGCCCUGCUGCUAGAGGUUCUCUUCCUCUACUACGCCUACUUCGAGAUGCCCCCCAGCGACCUUUUGACCUUUGCCCGGCUCUUUAAGGAGCAGGGCUUCGGACAGCGACAAACCAACAGGCACCUCGUGGACAAGAGCAUGGACGCUCUGGUGGACCGGAUCGGAUAUUUCAGCUGUCUGAUUCUGGUUGAGGGAAUGGAUAUUGACUUCCUGCAUAAAUGUGCACUGGAGGACCGAACAGAACAGCACCAGCUCUCCAGCACACAAGAGAUCAACAAGGAGAUGGAUCAGAUGCUGCUGGCGUUCGGCGAUAUCUGUCACCACGGCCCGGUGCUGCUGGCCUGGGUCCUGCUCCGGCACACACUGCAGCCCGUGGAGGCCGCGGCAGUGGUCAGACGUCUGGGCCACACCACCCUCCAGCUGGGGGUGUUCCAGUACCUCACAGACAUGCUUCAGGCCCUCGGCAACACGGCCAACAACUGCACUGCCAGCACAGCGCGGAUGUGUAUCUACGGUCUCCUGUCAUUUGUUGUUACCUCGUUUGAAGAAGAUACACUGGGCAGCCAGCAGUACCUGAUAAGUGCUGCGUGUGAGGUCCUUGCUGCCCCUAGUCUCGCAGAACUCUUCUGGGAGUCCAAACCUAAUGUCGGGCUGGAGAUGGUCCUGGACUCUGCAGUGGGAGUUUUCCCUCAUAAGACUGGACCAUUGCUGCAGUUACUCACUGCACUCCUGGCUGACAAGUCUACAGCCAAGAGGGUGUACAUGUUCCUGGAUAAGAUGUCCGUGUACACAGAGGUUUACAAACACAAGCCCAGCGACGUGCUGUCCAGGGAGGAUGAGACACUGUGGCACAGAAAGACUCCCAAGCUCCUCUACCCGCUAGGUGCGGGCCAGACUAAUCUGCGGAUGUCCCAGGGCUGUUAUGGGCAGGUGUGUGUGGGGCAGGAGGGGUACGUGGUGCGCUGGGACUACUCAUACAGCUCCUGGACCCUCUUCACCUGUGAGGUGGAGAUGCUGCUCCACGUUGUCUCCACUGCAGAUGUGCUGGCCCACUGCGAGAGAGUGAAGCCCAUAUUAGACCUGGUCCAUAAGAUCAUCAGUACAGACUGGACCGUGUCUGACUGCCUGCUUCCGCUCACCUCACGCAUCUACAUGCUGCUGCAGAGGUUGACCUCUGUAAUAAAUCCACCAGUGGAUGUGAUUGCUUCCUGUGUCAACUGCCUCAUUGUACUUGCCGCACGGCAACCUGGGAAGGUCUGGUCCAGUCUUCAGCACACUGGUUUCCUGCCCUUUGGCUCCACCCCCCUGACCAACAUGGCGCAGAUCAUGAGCGCCGAAGGCAUGAAAGCGGGUAACUAUGGUAACCUGCUGGUGCUGAUCGAGCAGCCUCGAGGGGAGUACGCGGUGACCAUCGCCUUCCUGAGACUGGUGACCACACUUGUCAAGGGCCAGGUGGGCAGUACCCAGAGCAGAGGGCUGAUUCCCUGUGUCCUCCUGGUACUGAAGGAGAUGUUGCCAACGUACCACAAGUGGCGCUACAACAGACACGGAGUGAGAGAGAAGAUUGGUUGCUUGAUUCUUGAGUUGGUCCAUGCUAUCCUCAACUUGAGUCCUGAGGGGGAGUCACAUGGCAGCACCCCAAGUCUCCAGUCCCUGUGUAUUUACAGUCUGGCUAACACUGAGGCUGGUCAGGCUGUGGUCAGCAUCAUGGGAGUGGGAGUGGACACCAUCAGCAUGGUGCUCAGUGUUCAGCCGUGGAGUGGCAGUAAUGAUGGUCCUGGACAGGUGCUGAUCCAGAUGGUUAAAUUGGCCUUUUCAGUCACCAAUAACGUCAUCAGACUCAAACCACAGUCCGACACCAUCUCACCCUUAGAGCAGGCUCUUACCCAACAUGGUGGCCAUGGCAACAACCUGAUAGCAGUUUUGGCUAAGUACAUCUACCACAAGCAUGACCCGGCCCUGCCGAGACUCGCCGUCCAGCUGCUCAAGAGACUCGCCAUGGUGGCGCCUAUGUCUGUGUAUGCGUGUCUCGGCAGUGACGCUGCACCCAUACGAGACGCGUUUCUCACGCGUCUGCAGAGCAAGACCGUCGACCUGCGCAUCAAAGUCACCAUUCUCGAGUUCCUCACCGUCGCCGUGGAAACACAGCCCGGACUCAUCGAACUCUUCCUCAACCUGGAAACCAAAGACGGCAACGAUGGGGCAAAGGAGUUCUCCCUGGGUGAGUGGAGCUGUCUGGCAGUGGUCCUGGAGCUGCUGGACUCUGAGUUGCAGGGUCAGUACUGGUGCCCCCCACUGCUGCAAAGAGCUGCCCUGGCAUUCAUACACGCCCUGUGGCAGGACCGCCGGGACAGCGCCCUGUCUGUGCUCCGCACCAAGGAGAAGUUCUGGGACAAUCUGAGUGCGCCUCUGUUCAGCACCCUACCCUCCCCAGCUGAGAACACAGAGCCAUGCGUUUUGGAGUCUUGUGCCUUUGUGAUGAAAAUCAUAGGUCUGGAGAUCUACUAUGUUGUCAGCAGUAAGCUGGAGGACUCUCUGAAGGCCGCCCUGAAGCGUCUGAGCUCCCAGCGACGUUAUGAGUUCUGGUCCCAGUAUGUGAAGGAGCUGGUGUGUGCAGCCUGUGAGGGGGAGGAGGAGGGUGUCCGCUCACUUCCUGAGUCUCAGAUGCUCAUCUCAGCAUGGAGGACCUUGCUCAUACUCUCCACCAGCCAUUCUGAUGUAAUGCACCUGAAGGAAGACUCUGUUAGACAGAAGCUGUUCAUGGAUAUUCUGGAGGGAACCAAAACCACAUUGUCGACGCCUCAGUCUGUAGCUUGUCUACGUCUGGGCUCCAUGUUGGCCACCCUGCUCCUCAUCCUCCUCAAACAAUGGAAGAGUGUGCUGGUGUUUGCUCCAGCCCUCCUGCCUGUUCUCUCUCUGAUGUUGGACAGUGUGCUGCAGGCAGACCAGCAGCUGAUGGAGAGAACCAAAGCCAAGCUGUUCUCAGCUCUCAUAUCAGCUCUCCACAUUCAGGGCCUUAAUGGGGGAGAUAUUACCCAGCUGCCCCAGCUGCUGCUGUGCGUGUGUGAGACGGUCCAGGAUGAGGCACUGGCUUUGAUUGACAGCACUCGUCACACGACCCAGCGGAACGAUUCCCAGGAAGACAGCAUGGAGACGGAUGUUCCACGCAGUGUCCAGAAAGACCAGCGAGACUCGGUGUGUGUGCUGGCCCUACACCUGUCUAAGGAGCUGUGCGGUCUGGACGAGGCAGGUGAGCAGUGGCUGCAGGUUAUGAGGAAGCUGCCCGUUCUGCCGUCGGUACUGAGCGCCCUGGAGCUCAGUCUGCGCUCCACGCACAACCUCUACUUCACCGAGGCAGCGCUGCAUCUGCUGCUGACGCUGGCCAGGACGCCGCAGGGGGCAGCAGCAGUAGCAGGUGCCGGUGUGAUUCAGAGCGUCUGCCUCCCUCUGCUGAGCGUGUAUGAAGGGCCGGCUAACGGAGCCCCGCAGGCGUUCUCCCGUAAGCCCCUGGACGCCCCCUGCUGGUCAGGGGUGUAUCGCCUCUGUCUGUCUCUGAUGGAGAGCCUGCUCAAGACGCUACGCUACAACUUCAUCAGUGAGGCUCUGGACUUUGUGGGGGUCCACCAGGAGCGCAUUCUGCAGUGUCUGAGUGCAGUGCGGACCGUACAGUCUCUGGCGUGUCUAGAUGAGGCGGAUCACACUGUGGGCUUCCUGCUACAGCUCUCCAGCUUCUGUAGAGAGUGGCAGUUUCACCUACCCCAGCUACUGAGAGAUGUGCAGGUGAACCUGUGUUACCUGUGCCAGACGUGUACAUACCUCCUUCACAGCAAGAAAAUGCUCCACCACUACCUCCAGGCCAAGAACGGGGAGGCACUACCUCAGGGGCCCCGCCCACAGCGUGUUGUCCCGCACACCUCCAAAGAGCAGCCAUUGGUUGGUGAGCGAGAGGAGGCGGAGUCUAAGGCCCUGCAAGCAGUGCAGUGCAGCCUGCUGAAGAUUCUGAGCAAAACUCUGGCGACCUUACAGCACUUUACACCAGACUGCUGUCAGAUACUGCUGGACCAGUCCAUGGACCUUGCUGAGUACAGGACCCUGUUCGUGCUGAGUUUCACAACGCCUGCCUUUGACUCGGACGUUGCCCCGUCAUUCGGAACCCUGCUGGCCACCAUCAAUGUGGCUCUGAGCAUGCUGGGCGAGAUCGAGAAGAAGAAGGAGCUGGUGGUUUCAUCUGAGGAGACACAAGCGCUGAAGUCCCUGCUGAUGUUCUCGAUGGAGAACUGUUUCUACGUGCUGAUCUCUCAGGCCAUGCGCUGUCUGAAGGACCCGGCCGUUCUGCCACGCGACAAGCAGCGUGUCAAGCAGGAGCUCAGCUCGGAGCUGAGCACGCUGCUGUCAUCGCUGUCCAGGUUUUUCCGCCGUGGGUCGCCCUCCUCGCCCGCCGGCGGUCUGCUUCCCUCCCCCCAGACCAAGCCCACCCCUCUGGGGUCAAAGCUUACGCAGGAGGGCCAGGAGCCCUUCAUCCAGCUGGUGCAGGCCUUCGUGCGGCAUGUCCAGCGCUAGGGUCACGCGCUACAGACCAUGGCUCAAACCGCAACCCAGCCUGUGUGCGGCCGGUACUUGCGGAGGUCCUGAAAUUGGAAGUGAAGAAUGACUUUCCGAACCCUUACCUUUUGACGCGGGUCGGGACGGACCCGUGUGUUCACUGUGACCUCACUCCGUGGCCCCUGUGACCUUACCUGUGUUGGGUCAAUGAGGGGACCUUCCUCUGUUUGACAAGGGAACUGUUGUGGUCGUUGUGUUACUCUUCUUUUCUAAUGAUGUUUCCUCAUAGUACCAAAGCGCAGGUGACGUGGUCACUUUAUACCGUACAAAACGCGCUACUGAUGGCAGAUCCGUUUAUAUUGUAAUAAAAGCUGGUUUGUUUGUUUUUUGGGGUUUAUUUAUGUGUAGAUAUAUGGGGAAAGAUUUGUCUCUUAAGUGUCUGUGUACACAUGCCUAUCAGCUAAACGGUAGUAUUGGGCCCUUGGGGGUGGGGUGUAGGAAUAUGUAAAUAGUCAUGUUUGUAACAUUAGCUGUUAGAUUAGGCUUUUCUUUCCCCGUUUUGUACUCUACAGUGCAUGUGCAGUCUUAAUGUGUAACAUUUACUGCGCCAGCCUCGAUUCCUCUGCUGGUAAACCAGCAGGACUCCCCCUUGGUGUAACGGGCUGAGCUGAGUUACGGGCUGAUCAGGGAGGAACCGAGGACGUUUGCCUUCCUGAAGUCCACUGACAAAAUUUGGGAUGGCAGAAGCGUCGGUUCGUCUUACAUGGCCACAUUUAAAAUUAACACUUGGAAUGUCGGCAAAGAGUGUAAUCGAAGAGUUCACAGUGACCUGCGUCCGUAUAGAAAGUGGGAGCCUGUUGAGACGGGGUGUGAGAUGCCCGGGAGCAUCAGUGUGAAGUCAGACAUUUUGAUUGGACUGAAAGGCCCUUUUUGGUUGACGGAGAUUCUCUCGCUACGCCACAAGACUGCCCCACGGAGAGAGGGUUGGGAGACGUUCCUGUUUGGGCUCAUGCAUCUUCCUGAAAUUCUGUUUCAUGCAAUACCCAGCUGCUGGGAACCUUCUGUCAACCAGAAAUUGCACCAUGUUUAUGUAUGUUGGGCCCUAAUUGGCAGAGUUGUUGAGAGAAAAACUAAAAUUGUUGUAAUCGCUUCAGUUUGGAAGCAGAGAAAUUUAGGAAAUGACUUGAGGUGCUAGAGUCUCUGCUAGCUGAACUGUUGCAGCUGAGGCCUAGUUUUAUAGGCUGUGGUGGGGAGGCCAUAACUGCGGACCCUGCCUGUCCUGUGUGCAGGACGUCACUGCUGGUCCUACAAAAGGUUUAGCUAGCCAGACUUGACUCAACUUGUUCUUGCCAAGGUUUUUGGCACAUGUUGAUUGAAAGGGAUUGUUGUUGGUUGCAGUAGUGAAAUUCGGACCCACUGGUGUAACCAGUCAAAGCCCUGAGAGAAGGGGAAGUGUGUGUGUGUGUGUGUGUGUGUGUGUGUGUGUGUGUGUGUGUGUGUGUGUGUGAAGUCUUUGAGGGGGAAUGCUACAGUAGCAAUGAAUGAAUGCAAACAAGGGACAUUUAACAAACUCAUCCUCACGUUGCCUUUUCUUUAAGGUUUUGUUUAUUUUGAAUAUUAGCUUUUUUUGGUUGGAGGCAUUUCUGUAAUAAGUCUUGUGGAAACUCCCUGGCUAAUUAUAUUGGUAUGUUUUGUGUUGCUUGAUGGUUGAUCUGUUUUACUGUGUGUGCAUUUAUGACUAAACAAGGAUCUGUUUUCUUUCUAUAUUUUUUUUUCUACGUUACCCAGUUACUGUUUCAUUAGAGUGCCAAUAUUUUAGCAGCUGAAGCAAAAAUGUAUUUUUGUCACUGUGAUUUGUUUAUACAGUAAAAAAAAAUUAUAAGAGGUUAUA